GUCGGGUCCCGGGAACCGAACCCGAAGGAGAGGAGGGGGCCCCCAUGGGUUUAGGGGGGAGGGGAAAGCCAUGGGGGGGCACCCCCCCGGAACCCCUUUCCCAGGCGCGCGUUCUCCGCUGAAAGAGGCUCAGAGAGACACUUUCUCUGGGAUCUUAGGUGUGGGGGCUGCCGGCUGGGGGGCCCGUCCGGCCCAACGCCGGAGGCUUGGAAAAGAGAGUUGGCAGAGGGAGCGGACUACGUGCCGGGCCAUGGCCCUUCUGCCAGGGCCCUGGCCACAAUGACCUCUUUGCCCUGCCCCCUCCCCGGCCGGGACGCCUCCAAAGCUGUCUUCCCAGAUCUCGCCCCCGUCCCGUCGGUAGCGGCUGCCUACCCGCUUGGCCUGUCCCCUACAACCGCAGCCUCCCCCAGUUUGUCCUACUCCAGGCCGUAUGGCCACCUCCUGUCCUACCCCUACACCGAGCCAGCGAACCCCGGAGACUCCUACCUGCCCUGCCAACAACCCGCGGCGCUCUCUCAGCCCCUCUGCGGCCCCGCAGAGCAACCUCAGGAACGCGAGGCAGACUCGGAGAAGCCGCGGCGGUCCCCGGAACCCUCCAAGCCGCGCCCUCAGGCUCCAGCCAAAAAGCUCCGCAAACCGAGGACCAUCUACUCCAGCCUGCAGCUGCAGCACCUAAACCAGCGUUUCCAGCACACACAGUACCUGGCGCUGCCCGAGAGGGCCCAGCUGGCAGCGCAGCUCGGCCUCACCCAGACCCAGGUAAAGAUCUGGUUUCAGAACAAACGCUCCAAGUAUAAGAAGCUCCUGAAGCAGAACUCUGGGGGACAGGAAGGGGACUUCCCUGGGAGGACCUUCUCUGUGUCUCCCUGCUCCCCACCCCUCCCCUCCCUCUGGGAUCUACCCAAGGCAGGGACUGUGCCCACCGGUGGCUAUGGCAACAGCUUUGGAGCCUGGUAUCAGCAUCACUCCUCAGAUGUCCUGGCUUCGCCUCAGAUGAUGUGAAUCUGGGGAAGGGUGGGUCAGGCCCCCAGCCCUCCUGCAAAGUCCAGGACCCAGGCAGUCCACCUGCACCCCUUCUGGGCUGGGAGGAAACCAGCUCCAGACGGGUUUUCUCUGGAGGACAAGCAGUUAGAGGAGAAAAAGGAAUGGGGCAGAGGCUGUACCCCUAACCCAAACAUCUAUAUCAAGGACCUCAGCCAUAAUCAUUGUCCCCACCACUACCAUGGACUGGACACCUUCCCUCCAGCUGGACAAAGGCUCUGGAGAGAAAGAGCCAUUGGCUGGAGUUGAGACUGUCCCCAGGACCCUUGGUCUUACCACUCCCCCACUUCUUCUUCCCUCUCCCUCUUUCCCCUCCCCCUGCCUUCUUGAAAAGGACUGAAUCCCCACUACAGCCUGGGUGCAAAACCAGCAAGAAACAUUGAGUAUUUUUUUUUUUCCUUUGUGUGCCUUGGGCCUUGCCUAACCCAUUUGUGAGCAAAAGCGGAAGUGGACCACCAUUAGCUCCCACCCACCCAGCGAUUUUUCCCUGGAGGUCAGCCUGUUACCCCCAUAACUGAUUUACCUAGUUACCAUCCGGGAAGGUAGAAGAGAUGCAGAGAAAUGUGGAAUUUGUGGACCUAUGGGUAAUUUGUGCUCUCCUCC